GCUGUUACGACGCCCCCAGCCAGUCCCUGUAUCAUUCUCCAAGUUGCCUCGUAGGACCCAAGACUCUUAGCUACAGUAUCAUUAUGGGCGGCGGCAAUGGACAGAAAUCGGCGGCCAAGCGCGAGCGCAACAAUGCCAAGAAGAUGAAGGAGGCGAAGAACAAGAACCACGCCGAGUCCAAGGCCAAGAUGGAGGCGGACCGCACUGGGCUCAAGUGCAAAAUCUGCAUGACCACGUUCCUCAUCACUGCCAGCAAAACGCAGUUGAACGACCACUACCAGAGCAAGCACGAAUCCAAGGGCUUUACUCUGGAGCAGUGCUUCCCCGGCCACAUUUAAUACAGCGUGGGAUCCACAUGGCACUUGUAGUGAUAGAGAAGUAGUGUAAGUGCUGUGAGCCAUUCUGAAAUACAUGUGCUCGAUGCAAUGUAUACUGUGUAUGGGUAGCUCUA